AUGUCAAAGAACGAGUACUAUAACCCACCUCAAGGCCCACCACCUACUUUCAGCCAAAGUGAAGGAGUUUCUGGUGGAGGCGCUGGUGGAAGCUACGUUCCACAAUCACAACCACAGUACAAUGCCGACACCCAGGAUAGAGCUUUUGGGUAUCACCAUCAACAAGGAUACGGACAAGGGCCACCACAAAAUGCAUACUACCAACAACAACCUGGCUACGGGGGAGGAUAUCCACAACAAGGCGGUUACUACCCACAACAACAGCCAAUGUAUGUACAACAACAAAGAUCUAGUAACAAUCAGGAUUGUUUGAUGGCGUGUUUAGCGGCAAUGUGUAUUUGUUGUACAUUGGAUGCUAUCUUUUAG